GAAAAACUUAGUCUAUGGUUCAUGAAUUAGCUUCUCGUAACGCUCUACGAUUUUCGAUAGUGUGUUUGGAAAUAAACAGUUUGAAAAGCUCAAUUUGAGUUAUCAUCAGUUAUAUGAGUUGUUUAAAAGCUAUAAAAUGUUUAAACAUCGUGAUGUUUGUGGUACUAAAGAAGUGCAAAGCUUCUGAUAACACCAAUCCUCGCUCAGCGAAGUGACGCCAUUUUACGGGAAUGACCAGCCCGCGGCUGCCUCUUAUUAGGUCUGAUGUAAGGAGUGCUCUAUUUAAACGGAUGCAUGGAAACAAAUCCCUUCUAUUGUACUCGUACUGGUCGUACGACUUCAGAGAAAACUAUGGAAGAUGGUAAUAUUGUCAACACUAAAGACGAUAAAAUCGCUGCCGCAUCAUUGACAAACUUAUAUAGUGAACGGUCUUGUAAAUUGAGGGCAAAUGGACAUGAUUUUGCUGGCGAACCGUCCAGUCCUCACGACAAGCCGUUUGAGCACCGACGACACAGUGCCGACACAUUACAGGAAGAGAAGUUCAGGAAACGCAUUAAUCCGCUUAGAAUACACCUUGGUAAAAGACCUUUCGUGGAUAACUCGGUACCGUACAAUAGUGUAAACAAAAAAAGAAAGUCUGUGAUAAAACCUAGUGACGCUAGCGCGCCCAAAAGUAGUACACCAAGGGUACCUAAAUUAAUUCCAAAGCGCUUAGACCAUAGUCAAUUCCACAAUGUUACACCACACAUGGACAGUGUAUUGGACAAUGAACAAGAUAAACCGGUGCCUCGACUUGUGCCUAAGAGUCAGCUAUUGCAGUUUAAAAAGAGUAAAAUGGAAAAAGGAACCCAGCUGAAAGAAUAUGCUCAAAGCCUAGGUUUACAGCCAAUGGUGAAGUUUAAGUGUCGAAAGUGUUGUUCAAUGUCUUUUAAAACUUUGGCCAUGUUGAAGGAACAUCAACUUGUUUGUCGUGCACAGGCCAAGGAGCCGGCUUUGAGCCCUGAAGCUGCUCCAAACACAGAGUGUAAUGCUGGUGGACCUUCCCGUGUCACCCGUAAAGUAUAUCUGUGUUCAGCGUGUGGUACAUAUUACGAAAAUUGGAAUCUCUUCCUUCACAUGCGAGAAGUACACAAUAGGCACAUUUGUCUUUUUUGUCUUGGAAUGUUUUCGAAGGCCGAAAAGUUAUCCUCACAUUUAACAAACAAACACAAUGUCCAAGAAUUUAAUUACGAUAGUAAAGAUGAAUUCUGUAAAGUGUACAAUGGGACCUUUUAUUUAAUGUGCUGUGCCUGUGAUGAAAUAUGUAGUGAAAAAGAUGAUUAUUUUAAUCAUGACUGUAAUAAUAUUAAACCGAAACCUGUACCCGUUCUCAUAAGUAAAAAUUUAAUAAAAACUAAUAAUGCAAAAUUUGUUAAAACUGGUAAUGAAGCUACCACAAACGGUCCUCCAACAAUUGCAAAAGAUGUAUUAAAACCAGUUAUUGAUAAAAAAGAGACGAGUGAGCCAAAACCUGAGACAAUAACAUCACAAACUCAAAAACAUGAUAUGAAUAUUAAUAGUUUUGAUGUUGUAAAUAGUGAUACAAGUAUUAGUUCUGAGAAUUCUGAAUCUACUGCAAAAGAUACUAGUAGCACUUUGGAUUCUACUCUUGGCAUAAAUAGUUCAAGUACUAAACCUCCAUCAAGUCCUAUUGAUCAUUUAACAGACAAUAAAGAACCUAUUACUACUUAUGUGCCUAAUGGUAAUGAACCUUCAGAACAGUCAGAUGAAAGUGAUUCACCAGAUGCUAUUGAUCAUCAUGUACCAAUUUCAGAAUACACACUUUCAAAGCCCAAGGAACCUUCACCCCCACCCCCUCAACCCCAAGAAAAGGAGUGUGGUAUAAAACUAAAAUUAAGUUUAAAUAAUGCUAAUUCUCCAGUAAUUAUAAAUUCUACCGUAGAUCCUACUAUUGGACAGCAGUAUGCUAAUAAACCUCCAUCACGUAAUAGAAGGCCUCCCAAAAGAUAUGAAAAAGACAAACCACCAGACCAAGGAACUGCAAUAAAACCUCCGUCAAUUAAAAUGACAAUUUGUGAUAAAGCAGACAGUCCAUUUGUAAAAACGACCAUUAUUGAGAACAAUAAAGAGACAACAUUAAAAACUCUUGUAAAUAAUAAUAUUGAAACAUUAAAUAAAACACCUGAAUUCAAACCAGAAAAUACAAUCAAAUCUACUAUUUAUGAUAACAAAUUAGAAGAUGUUAAUACUUUGAAUAGGGUACCGAAGCUAACUGUGAGAGUUCCUAAAGAAUUUUUAGACAAAAAUUCAUCCAGUGAUUAUUCAUCAGAUAGUGAUGUUGGUGAAAAGUUAAAUAUUAUGGAAAAUAUUGAUACAGAGCUAAAACCUUUUGAGAGUAAAGAAGAAUCAUCAGAUCUUGCCACCUCUGUUUUAUCACCAGUACAUGUAGAUGAGCAUACAGAAAAAAAAGAAGAUCAAGAGCUUGAGGAGAAUAAAGUACAAAUUAAAAAUGAGAUCACAAUGAAUCUUGAGCCAAAAGAAGAGCCGGUAGAUGAGAACACAACUGAAGAUAUUAAUGUUGAAGAAGCAGUUGAUCCAGCCGUAACAGAUGAUAUUCCAAUCACAGAACUAACUUUAGAUAGACCAAUUGAUAAAUAUCCUCUAAAAGAUCUUUUAAAAGUUUUUUUGGCUUCAACUGUUUUAAACUGUACUUACUGUAAUCAUGUUCGCAAGAUUGCAGUAAACUGUGAGCAGCUAGCACUUCAUAUGGUGGCUCAACAUAGAUUCUCUGCAACUGUGGACAGUAUAACAGCAGAAGAAUUGAUGCCUGAAACCAUAAAAGCUAAAGUAAAAGCUGGAGCUGAAGAGUUGUUUUCUAUUUAUAUUAAUUUGGACUCGUAUGAUAGUAUAGAUAAGUGUGAAACGGUACAACAUAAUCAGAUGUUCGAAUGUUUUCAGUGUUAUUUUAAAACUUCUGUUCAUAAAGAUCUCUACUUGCAUAACCGAAAAAUGCAUCAGAAAACAAUAUUACUGUGUGUUAUGUGUAAAAACAACUUUUAUAGUUAUAGUGAGUUAUUAUGUCAUUUAUGCCCUGGAACAUAUGAUUCUGAGUAUGAAAUUAAGUUUAGAUGCUGUUUUUGUAAUGUAGAUAAUAUUUCUUCAUCAUUUAGGCUAAUGGUGCAUCUUCGAAAGAUACACCACACUUGUGAUGUAUGUUUAGAGUUUUGCCAAAGUCAAGCACGCCUGUCGAAUCAUGUGUGGAAACAUAAGUUGCACCAUUUAUGCUACAGAUGUGGUAUAGCCUAUAGAAAUAAGCCAGACAUUACUAAUCAUUUAUUUUGGAAGCAUGGAACAGAAAGUGUAUUAUGUAAGAAAUGUCUCCAGAAGAAAUGGCCACAUGUUUAUCAUUUCUGUACACCUCCUGCUGUUUUUGUUUGUGAUGAAUGUACACUUCAGUUUACGAGAGCGGUUUGUUUAAAGGUUCAUAAACGAUUUCAUUCUGAGGAAUUUCCACAUUUAUGUACUGAAGAGGGUUGUACAGAGAAAUUUGUUUCAAGAAAACUUCUCAAUAAGCAUUUAGACGGACACAGAAAAAAAAUUUUUACAGAAGACUUAACUGAAGAGAAACCCCCAGUUUUAAAUGAGCCCAGUACAGAUAAUGUAAAAGAACCAAUACCUGUAAUAGAUCUUGUUGAUGAGAAAAUAAAAGAAGGAGCUGGAACUGCCGAAAAUAAAACUGACAAUGGAACAGAGCAAACACCUAAAAAAAGUAAAAAAAAGAAAGUAAAAGACAAAGAUGCUUUAUUAUUAGAUGUAAAUUUGCCAGCACUAAAUCUAUCUGAAAGUGACAGUAGUGAUGAAUCAGAUAGUGGUGUUUCUCAGCCUAAGGAUGAAACAUCACAAGAUAAACCUAAAGAUGAGGCGCCAGAAGAAGAACCCGAGUCUAUUAUAAAAAUUGAGUCUAAUGCCGCGGAUGUUGAAAUGCCAUCAAAGGUAGAAACAAAAUCUGAGCUCAUAGAAGAGGACAAACCAAGUGAGCAACAGGUAUUAGACAUUUGGGAUAACUUUAAAAAGUAUCAAGCUAAAGUCGAAAAACAAAAAGAAAAAACACCCCCAUUAGUACCAAUACGUAAACAUGUAUGCGAAUCUGAUCAUGAUUAUUGUCUCAUACCAACAGAUUUAAAUGGAGAAGAUGAUAUUUUUAAUUCUGAUAAAAAGAAAAAUAAAAAGUCUCCUAAGAAAAGACACGGUGAUCUCUCAUCAUCUAGCAGUAGUAGCAGUGAUAGUGAUUCAAGUUGUUCUUGCGGUUCUAAUUGUAGUUGCUCAUCAAGUAGUGGUUCUUCAUCGUCAAGUUCAUCUGAUUCCGAUUCCUCAGAUGAGUCUGGCAAUGAAAAGAAAAAGAACAAACAACAGAAAAAAUCACUUCAAAAUAGAAGAAUUAGUAACGGGUCAAAUGUUGAUGUUAUGGGAAUGUCUGAAACGCCUGUUUUAAUUCCUGAGAAAACUGAGCCUCCUAUCGCUGAAAGUGAUCUCGAAACUGAAGAAAGUGAAACUGACGAAGAAUUUUACGAUAAAAAUCCUCAGAGAAUUGCAAAUAAAAUGUAUAAUGAGAAACGCAACCAAUUAAUGCUUUUAGCAUCAGUUGCGCCAUCUGAUGGUGGUUCUAUAUCGGCUGAAGUGAGUCGUUCCAAUACACCAAUAAAAGAGGAAGAAGCUAAAGAAGUUAAAGAAACAAAAGAGAUUGAAAGACAUGAAGUCAAAGAAGAAGAGGUUGAAAUUAAAGAAAAAACGAGCAGUAGUAAAAAGAAAAGCAAAAAGAAAAAGAAAUCAAAGAGUUCUCGUAAACAUGGUCCAAUAAAGGUGACCAUUCCGAAAGAUGUUAUAUCAAAAUCCGAGUUGGAAACACCACUACCUUUAAUUCCCAAUAAAAUCACUAUAUCAUUACAAUCAAAUACAGUUCAAUUACCGGAGGUGCCUCACGUAGCAGUCACAGCGCUAACACCUGCCAGUGUUAGUAGUGGAACUCCCUCCACAGAAAGUAAACGGGCAUCAAAAAGAAGACGAGUGCCUAAUAAAUUUUACGGAUAUUCUAGUGAUGAAGACUCGCCACAAACUGUUGCAGCUUUAAAACCCCAAUUACCACCUAAAUUAGAAUGGAGGAAGGAAGACUUGCCUUCACCUGUCACGCACAAAUCUAAAAAAGAGAUACCAUCCACAGUCAUUCCGCAAAGAAUGUUUAAUUACAAUGAACCAAUAAGGUUGACGGCACCGAUACCAGAUCCGGAACCUCCACGAUUCUUGAUGAAUUCUGAGUCCAUGGAAUCGAGCGAUUCGGAAUCUAGCAAUGAAGGGGCCUUAGAAAUCUUCCAGCAGAACAGCGCUGCCAAUCCAACACCUGUUCCACCCCCUACUUAUUUAAAUUCUGGUACUUCAAGCUUGCCGUACGCGUUCCAGAGACCGGCCGUCCGACAGGCGCGUGAAGGCGAGAGUGUGUACUGCUACUGCCGUUGCCCUUACGACGAGGUGUCAGAGAUGAUAGCUUGUGACGCUGAGGGCUGUUCUAUUGAAUGGUUCCAUUUCGAAUGUGUCGGUAUUAUGGUACCACCUAAAGGCAAAUGGUACUGUCCUGAGUGCAGGAAAAAUCCGAGUUUUUCAGGUUACAGAUAAGUCUAAUCGAAAUUCAUUUGUAUAUAAUUAUGCUGUAUUGUUAUCUGUAUAUAACUUAUUGAUGACUGUAGAUAAUUUAGCUUUACCUGUAUAUCUUUGUAGUUAGUUCGUGUAAGUUAGGAUAUUAGGUCUGAUAAAAUGUAUCAUUGUUAUAAAAGUACAUGUUAUGCUUGAUUCUGGCUGAGCGGCCGACUCUGUAACCUGGCAAAUUGUUACUGACAUUAUACAGCAAAACAGAAAUAUAAAUCCAAUUUUUGAUACCA